AUGCUAUGUGUAAGGCGUCAGGCAAAUCCAAAGAAAAAGAAGAUAUUGUUGACAGCUGCUGUAGUGAUCAUUCUUGGAAUUGUAGCGGCUAUUGUUAUUCCGAUAGUUCUUACGUCAUCAAACAGAGGGAAAACAACGGCAACAUCUCCCAUUGCAACAAAAAUAAUGGAAAUGACGUCCGCCGUGUCAUCGCAGCAAUCGACAAUACUAGGCUCGUCAACUUCCACUGGGACAACAGCACCAACAACAGCGAUAUCGUCUUCGCCAACCUUUAAAGGUUGGUCAAUAACCGGGUCUAUGAGUACGUGUUGCUAUCACCACACGGUAUCAGUCUUAGCGAGUGGAAAAGUACUAGUAGCUGGUGGAGUUCGUGAAACUGGUACUCUAGCUAGUGCUGAAUUGUACGAUCCAUCAUCAAAAACUUGGACACCGACAGGUAAUAUGAAGAGUGGACGAAACAUGCAUACAGCAUCUAUCUUACCGAAUGGCAAAGUACUGGUUGCAGGAGGAUCAGACGGAUUUAAAAGUUGCACUACUGCUGAAAUGUAUGAUCCAGUAAGUGGUACUUGGUCGGAAGCAAUGCCGAUGAAGGUGGCAAGAAUUAAUCAUGCAGCAUCGAUACUAGCUGAUGGAAGCGUGUUAGUCGCUGGUGGGAUUGUGAGAGCGAAAGCGACGAAUCAAUCUGAAUUGUUCAACUCAUCUACAGGAAAUUGGACAAGCAUGAAAGAUAUGGAAAGCGUCCGCUCGAUGCUCACAGCCUCCGUGAUCGGAAAUAAUACGAUGCUAGUGGUUGGUGGACAAGCUGGAUUAGCCAACUCCACAACCAUCGAGCUGUACAAUUCAGAGGUGAAUGCUUGGAUGCUUGGACCACCUAUGAACCGUUCCCGAGCUCAACAUACUGCAUCUGUGUUGAAUAAAACCAAUGUGUUGGUCACAGGCGGCGAAUCCGAUGAAAAUGCCACGGAUUCCGUCGAAUUAUACAUGUUCCUCACGAAUAAUUGGAUACAACGUCAUAGAAUGAUCGUUCAAAGGAUGACACAUACUGCGACAGUAUUGCAAGAUGGUCGAGUAUUGAUUGUUGGAGGUCGAAACAGAAUGGGAGUAUUACAGGAUACUGAAUUAUACAAUCCUACCGAUAAUACUUGGCUACACAGUGGAAAUAUGACCGAUUCGCGAGAAUAUCACACUGCGUCCAUUCUGCUCGAUGAAACUGUGUUAGUGAUUGGUGGUCAGAGUUCCAGUCAAGCCUUGAAUAGCGUUGAAUUGUAUCAUCCGUAA